AUGUACAUCAGCGAGGCGGACGUAACGACGGAAUUUCACCAGAGAUUGCGCCAUUACCUCAGGAACAGUGGAGUUUGGGCGGUGUUACGAACCUACCUUGAUCUACCGGAAUGGCUCUUAAACACGAACGGAAAGAGUCCGCAACAGAAGGACAUGGAGCCUACUAAGGAUCUGACUCGACGGGCAUCAUCUCCUGCCGUUCACUGCGGAUCAGCUGGACAUACUGCCGAGGCUUGGCUACGAAGCGGAGGUGCUUCGAAAUCUUCCAGAUUCAUGAAUGUCUUCAUAGAUGUUCUACGACUCCUGGCAAUGCACAAGCUCUGCACAUGGAGUUUGGAAGAUGUUCAGUAUGCCGAUCCCGAAAGCGCUGAGCUGAUUCAUCACAUCGUGCAAGCCAAAAUUCCGCUUGUUCUUAUGCUCACGUACAGCGACGAAGAGACCCUACCCCGAGAACUCACCCCACUACUGCGUCACGCUACCAGAGUACAGCUUCUUCCUUUUGUAGAGGCCCAGACGGCCGACUACGUGGCUGAGACGCUCCACCGGGACCAUCAGUAUAUCCUUCCUCUAGUAGCGGUAAUUCAGGAAAAGUCUCGAGGUAACCUCUUCUAUAUACGCGAGAUACUAGACACUUGCUAUCGGAAACGCUGCGUGUACUACGAGUGGCGGGAGAACACUUGGGUUUUCGACCUAGACAAAGUCUUCGCCGUUUUCGAGAGUCCAGAGUAUGGGUCAUCUGUUACGACUGACUUUAUAGCAAAGCGGUUGACAGAAUUACCAUCUUCCAGUAGGAAGCUCUUGGCGUGGGCAUCCCUCCUGGGUGGUACUUUCUCGUUCGAACUUCUGAAGAAGCUCCUUCAGCCCACAAACAAGCCCGCAGCUCAUGGGAGGUUACCACUUUUCGAGAGAGACGAGAGUGCCGUCACAGCUCUCGAUGCAGCAUUGAAAGCCUACGUACUCAUGCCUGCCGAACAAGAUGCUCGAUUCAGAUUCAGUCACGAUCGGUACCUUACAGCGGCUGUGAACUCCCUCGACAAGGAAUGGGAUACACAGUUGAUGCACUUCACCAUUGCCAAGAUGAUAACUUCCGGCGAGGAGUACAACGACGACUCGACGUCAGGUUCCAAGGCGUUGUACAUGCAGAGUCGCCACAUCUGUCUCGCUGCAGAACUGAUCAAGACCAAGGAAACAGUGCGAGCUCCAUUCCGUGAUAUGCUGUAUCAAGCUGGAGAAACUGCAUGCGAGUCGGGCGCGCGAUCAACUGGCAUCUACUACUUCGCGCACAGCCUCAUGCUUCUGCAAGACGAUCCAUGGAACGACAAUAUGCCAGACGUAUCCUACCAAGAGACGUUGCAACUCUUUGUGCGCUCGGCAGAAUGCUAUUGGCACCAGGGCAUGUUCGAUGAGGCUCUUAGCCUGAUCCGGACGACCUUCCAGCAUGCUCGCGAUCCCUGCGAUAUGGCUAGUUCAUUCAUUCUACAGUCUAGGGUGUUUGCUAUUCGCGGCGACAGUUUCGGUGCAUUCCAGGCUCUCAAAGACUGUUUGUCUUUGCUCAAUUCCCCUAUUCCUCCGACAACAUGGGAGGCGUGCGAUGCUCAGUUUCAGCAGAUAUACGGCACGCUUCAGAACAUCGAUAAGGAAGAACUGCUCAAGCGGCGUCCGUCUCCUGAUGACCGUGUCCUGAUGACUAUUGGGCCUGUCUUCAUCGAACUCCUUAGUGCGGCGUUCUGGUCGAACAGCCUGCUUUUCUAUCAGGCGACGCUGAAACUUAUCACCGUCCAUCUCGAAAAGGGUACCAUGUCACAGGUUGCCCUUGCAUACGUGCAUCUGGGCACUGUUGCGGGCGGUCGUUUUGGAAUGACGAAUUUCGCAGUCGACAUGGGCGCGAUUGCAAAGCGAAUCUUUCAGAUGUUCCCUGAAGACUACUACACCCUGGGACGAGGUCAAACUUUGCAGCCAAUGUUUCUGGGUCACUUGGAAGCGCCUGUAGGCGAUCUGAUACCGAGCUUAGAAGCAGCCUUGCAGGCUUCACUAACUGCUGGCGAUCGCAUCCUCACACUUCUAAAUCUUGGUGUACAGGCUCACUUUAGGGUCAUGGCUUCAUACGACGUCGCAGAAUUGGAAGCCUGGAUUGAAGAAACACCGCUCGAUAUGCGAAACUGGCAGAAAGACAUGCGUGGAGGAGUUUUUCUCAUGGCUGCUCGUCAAUAUGCAAGAGCGCUCCAGGGAAAGACUGACUCAAGCAACGCUCUUUCCCUCCUCUCGGAUGACGAUCACAAUGAGGUCGGGUACAUUGAGUUCCUCGAAAAUACGGCCAGCAAUCCCAAACGUCCCAAGUCUAUAUAUCUUGCAACCAAACUUCCGUUGUUGGUACUCUACGGUCAUCAUUCAGAUGCAGUGGCUCUUGGGGAGAUGCUACUUCCGAUGCUUAGCAGUCUCUGGUCAGAACGACUCAAUUACUCGGUCCGAUACUACUUAUCGUUAGCAUACAUGGCUGUUCUCCGAGAGAAGCCCGCUCAUAGCCGGAGAGACGAGAUGGUAAAACAUGUUCAUGAGACCCUCAAAUUGCUCGAGACAUGUUGCACCACCACUGAUGUCAACUACCGAGGCUGGAUACAUCUUCUCACUGCCGUCCUCGGGGAUGUUAAUGCCGAUCCGCAAUCCGCGCUGGAGAAUUAUGAGGCAGCCAUGGAGCAUAGCGAACGUUACGAGUUUGCAUUGGACGAAGCGUUUGCUCUCGAGCUCUACACUGGAUGGUUGGUAGACAAGAAGGCCUACCGGGCGGCCCGACAUUCUUUGAAAGACUGCAUCUCGGUAUAUCGGAGGAUGUCAGCAUACGGAAAAGCAAAUCACUUCGCGAGUCGGUAUGAGUGGCUAGUGCGUAGCGGCGCCUCGCUCACGACAGUGGACCAAGCUGUACAAACCUCCCUCGUAGAUACGGGUAACACGGCCUUCAGACUGGAGCAAAAUGAUCAUGAUCAAUUUCUGGGCGCGGAGACUGCAGUCGAUCGAACACAGAACUGGAUUGUCCCGGAAACACGGCGCCAAGAGUCUGCUCCAGCUCUACACAACGGUCUCUCGGCUGUCGGUCUGGACAUGCUAGACCUAUCCUCAAUCUUGGAGUCGAGUCAAGUCUUGUCUAGCGAGCUCGUCGUCGAUAAAUUGAUGGCGAAGAUGAGUACCAUUUUGCUCGAAUCUACGGGCGGUACUUUGUGCGGCAUAGUGAUUGAAGACUCACAAAUCGAAUGGUCGAUCGCAUGCGUUGCCACCAACGAGCCUGACAACGACAGUGGUGUCUCUUCCGGCGUCACAUCCUUCCCUGCCAGUCAACCUUUAGAUACUGUGGACGAUGUUGUUGCGCGGCAAGUGACGCUCUACACACUCCGCUUCCGAGAGAUAGUCUUCGUCCAGAACCUACUAGAAGACGACCGCUUCUCCAACGUUUCUGAUGCCUACCUUCAACGGAAUCCCGAGGGGAAAGCAGUCAUCUGCAUCCCGAUUCUGCACAGCGAUCACCUUCUUGGUUCAAUAUACGUCGAGGGCCCGCCGAAUUCGUUUACCGAACGCAACACCCAGGUUCUUCGGUUACUGGUGAAUCAAAUUUCCAUCUCCUUAGCUAAUGCACUGCUUUUCAAAGAGGUGGAAAGAGUAUCCGCAAGCAACGAAGCCAUGCUUGAAAUGCAGAAACGCGCUUUGUCACAGGCGCGGGCAGCAGAGAUCAAGGCGAAAGAGGCUGAAGCCAUAGCUGUGCGUAACAUGAAGCUGAAAGAAGAAGCCGCGAAGGCAAAGAGUUUGUUCCUGGCCAACGUGUCGCACGAGUUGCGUACUCCCUUGAACGGCGUGAUCGGUAUGUCUGAGCUGUUGAAGGCUUCACCGCUAAACUCGGAACAAACUGGAUACGCCGAUUCAAUUCGUGUCUGCGCCGAUACGCUGCUCUCGAUCAUUAACGACCUUCUGGAUUACUCCAAGCUCGAGGCUGGCAAGAUGAAUGUCUUGGAGAUGCCCAUUUCAUUGAGCGAAACAAUUGCGGAAGUAGUCCGCGCUUUGGCCUACACGAACGCUGAAAGAGGCCUCAAAACCAUUGAGCAAUUGCAUCUGGAUCCAGAGAUGCUCGUCAUGGGCGACCCUGUUCGACUGCAUCAGAUUCUCAUGAACUUGCUGUCCAACAGCUACAAGUUCACGCCACGAGGAUCUGUCACUGUCCGCGCUGUUGUUGACCAAGAGACAGACGACUGGGCAGAUGUGACAUGCAGCGUUAUAGAUACUGGCAUUGGUAUUCCAGACGAACAGAAGCAGAAAUUGUUCCUUCCUUUCUCGCAGAUAGAGUCCAGCUCUGCUAGGAGCUACGGCGGCACUGGCCUUGGUCUGAGUAUCUGCAAAGCCCUCAUAGAGAACGUUAUGCACGGUACAGUACGUCUCGACAGCCAACCAGGCCAAGGUACUACAGUCACAUUUUCGUUGCGAUUCAAGAAAGUGCCGAAAGCGCAAGCAGGCAGUCAGCAGCAAAGGACACGAGAGCCAGACCCUAUGGCUAGGUUCUCAAGCCAGGAAAAUAACGGCCAUGAGCAACUGUCGGGUUCCUGCAUCGAUCUUUCUACGAUACCCAGACGAGAACUACGGGUCUGCAUCGCGGAAGACAACUUGAUCAAUCAGCGCAUCGCAAUCAGCUUCGUGCAAAAGCUUGGGUUCAAAUGCGACGCUUAUCUCGACGGAUACAAGACUAUCGACGCUCUUGAGCGUGCUUCGGAGAAUGGGCGCCCCUUCCAUCUUAUUCUCAUGGAUGUGCAAAUGCCGCAUUGUGAUGGCUACGAAGCUACGAAACUGAUCCGCAAGCAUCCCAAUCCCGAGAUUCGAAACGUACUUAUCAUUGCCAUGACUGCUUCCGCUAUCCAAGGAGACCGCGAGAAGUGCCUGGAAUCCGGCAUGAACAAUUACCUCGCGAAACCGGUUCGCGCGCAGACGCUCAAAGCGCUACUGGACUCAUACCUGAACAAGAACAAGGAGGUGGAGGAAAUCCCCAAUCUUGCGAUCGAGGCGAAGAAGUUGGUCAAACAAGCAUUGAACGAAGCUGAAGCGCUGCCUGAUGUCACGAGUGGACACAAGGAUCUCGAGAAAGACGUGCAGAAUGGAAAUGCUGCAGAAGACGGGAAGAAGCUGGAAAGGCCGUCCAGCGUUCGUAUGAGCACCACCCAACACAUAUUACCCAACGGCAAGACGGAGCCAGUGCCGCCUUCCGAGUAA